AUGGCCACCACGCUGCGUCGCCGCGCACCACGCGAGACACAACCAGUUGACGACGGUUCGCCAACCCGCGAAGAUAGUCCAGCCAUCGAGCCGACGGCGCAUAUCCAUGUGGUGGAAAAGGCACCUAGGGCGACGCGAAAGAGGCGGAAUACCUUUAUAUUCUUACUGGGCGGAAUAUGCGGCUUGCUAGCUGCAGGCUUUUUUGCCAAAACCAAUGAUCUUAUAGACUUCCCUGAAAUCGGCGAGCUGAGCAUGGACAGCUUCCUCGAUGUCCUUCCGGCUGGCCUAAUUAAGGAUAUGCGCGACUUGGUGCAAGGCGAGCGAGAAGUCACAGAUGCGUACGACUCUUUUUCAGUCGGCCUCAAGGCACGAUCCGAGGGCCUACACGCUCACCAUCCCGUGAUCAUGGUUCCAGGAGUCAUUUCCACUGGCUUGGAAUCCUGGGGAACUGCCAACACAUCACGUCAAUACUUCAGGAAACGCUUGUGGGGCAGUUGGACAAUGAUGAGGGCCCUCGUGCUCGACAAGGAGUUGUGGAAGAAGCAUAUCAUGCUUGAUAAGAAAACUGGCCUCGAUCCGCCGGGCGUGAAAUUACGGGCCGCGCAGGGCUUCGAUGCCACAGACUUCUUCAUUACGGGAUACUGGAUCUGGAAUAAAAUCUUCGAAAAUUUGGCCACCAUUGGUUAUGACCCGACAAACUCUUUCACAGCUGCCUACGAUUGGCGGUUGUCCUACCAGAAUCUUGAGGUGAGAGACCGGUACUUUUCCCGCCUCAAGUCACACAUUGAGUCUGCCGUGGAAUAUGAUGGCGAGAAGGUGGUCCUAGCCUCUCACAGUAUGGGCAGCCAGGUCGUUUACUACUUCUUUCACUGGGUUCAGUCAGAACAAGGUGGUCGCGGAGGAGAAGACUGGGUGGAUCGUCACAUCGGGUCUUGGAUCAAUAUCAGCGGAUGCAUGCUUGGUGCAGUGAAAGACCUUACCGCGGUAUUAUCCGGUGAAAUGAGGGAUACCGCACAACUGAACGCCUUUGCCAUAUAUGGGCUGGAGAAAUUUUUGAGUAAAGAAGAGCGGGCGGAGAUUUUUCGCGCCAUGCCCGGUCUCUCUUCCAUGCUGCCGCUCGGCGGCAACGCAGUUUGGGGUGAUUUGAAUUGGGCACCGGACGAUCGACCGAACCAGAACUUUUCAUAUGGUUCUGUUCUCAAUUUCAAGGUCGGGGCCAAUUGGACCGCUCCGGACAAAAACAUGACUGUUGACGGCUCUAUGAAAUACCUCUUUGAAACUACAGAGGACUGGUAUCAGAAACAUGUUAAAAACAGCUACUCUCACGGUGUUGCGCACACCGCAGCUGAAGUGGAAGCUAAUGAGAAGGACCCGAAGAAAUGGAUCAAUCCACUUGAGACUCGUCUGCCAAACGCCCCCAAUCUGAAGAUAUAUUGCUUCUAUGGUGUAGGCAAGCCAACCGAACGCGCAUACUACUAUCGAGCCCCAGAUCAGCCAGCAAGCACAAGGCUCAAAAUUACAAUUGACACGGCGCUCACUGAAGGUGAAGUUGAUCAUGGUGUGGUGAUGGGCGAAGGUGAUGGCACAGUCAAUCUUCUUAGCACAGGAUACAUGUGUAAUCGCGGGUGGCAUAUGAAAAGGUAUAACCCUGGCAAUUCAAGGAUCACGGUGGUAGAAAUGCCUCACGAACCGGAGCGAUUUAAUCCCAGAGGCGGCCCGAAAACUGCUGAUCACGUAGACAUCCUGGGCCGCCAAAACCUGAACGAACUGAUACUUAGGAUCGCAGCGGGUAAAGGCGAUACCAUCACUGAUUAUGUUGUCAGCAACAUCAGCGAAUAUGCUGACAAGGUCAAGAUCUAUGAAGAGGGCGAGCAAAAGGCCGCAGCGAAAUCAUAG